AUGAGUCAUGCUACAAUUGAAGAGGAGAAAAGGAAAAAUGUUGUGCAGAGCGAUCUUGAUCGCAAACUUUACUGUGUGACUAAUGAGAAAGAAAGUGGAGACGAAUUUAGAGUUUUGAUGGACCUUUCGCGUUUUGAAAAAGUACAGAAGUGGAGACCAAAAGGGAUACUCAAAUUAUCGAGUGUUGGCAUUGCGCUGAUAAUUGUGGCGGUUCUGAUGAUCGCGAUUGAUCCACUGCAGCUGCUAAUUGAUAAUCAAUUGACCCUGAAAACCGGCACGCUGCUGUAUAAUUUGUGGCUGAAGCCACCGCUCGAAGUGUUCAUCAGCGUGUACAUGUUCAAUGUCACCAAUGUGGAAGCGUUCAUAAGCGGACAGGACAGCAAGCUGAAGUUGGUGGAGGUGGGUCCGUAUGUGUACCAGGAGGUGUUGGAGAACCAAAAUGUCUUAUUUAACGACAACAAAACCGUCACUUACACGCCACAACGUACAGUGCGAUUUAUACGUGAACGUUCUGUGGGUGAUCCGACGAUCGAUAAGAUAAUCGCGCCGAAUAUACCCUACUUGGGUGUGAUGUCUGCGGCGUCUGCUUACUCUAUAUUCGCUAUGAUGGCUGUGAAUGCUUUGACCAAAAAAUUCAAUUCUAAGCCGAUGUUGCAGCUGAGUGUUCAUGAUUAUCUCUGGGGUUAUGAGGAUCCAAUAGUGAAUUUGGCAUCGAAGGUGGUGCCGAGUGUUAUACACUUUCAACGCUUUGGCUUAAUGGAGCGGAUGUUCGACGAAGGUCACAAUGUGGUCACCAUGAAAUUACCGAAAAAGCUGCACGCGAACGAUGGUGGUGCAGUGGAAGAGACAGAUCGUGAUUUCUCCAUCGACAAUUGGAACGGCAAGACAGGUUUCAAAAACUGGGACUAUAAUGAGGAGCGCAACACGAGCAACACACCGUGCAACACACUACGUGGUACCUAUGACGGCACGCUCUUCCCGCGCAACAUCCAUAAAGGCGAAACAUUUCGCGUGUAUCGCAAAGCUUUCUGCCGCAGUCUGCCCAUACAGUACUCACACCCUGAAACCGUUAAUGGAUUUAAGGGCUAUAAAUUCAAAUUGAAGGAAAAUGCCUUUGAUAGCGAUCUCGGGGACUCAGAGACAUCCUGCUAUUGCAAGAACAAGCGUUGCUUGAAGAAAGGACUUGGCAAUAUUUCGCCUUGUUACUACAAUAUACCGCUGGCCGUUUCAUUUCCUCACUUUUUCAACGGUGAACCAAGUCUGCUGGAGAACAUAGAAGGACUGAGUCCGGAUAAGGACAGACACGGUACAGAUAUAAUCAUACAACCGCAACUGGGCAUACCCAUGAGAGUGCGUUCCCGCUUUCAGAUAAACUUACUGAUGGGAAAUGUCAAAUAUAAUCGAGAUGUAUCGCAGUUUAAGAAUAUGGCGUUGCCCAUAUUUUGGAUUGAGAUGGGCGUUGAAGAUCUCACACCCGGCGUUAAAAUGUUGCUCACUCUACUAUUUCGUGUCUGUCCAUGCUUGCAGUUAGGGCUGGUUAUAACGCUCAUCGCGAUUGGAGUGUAUUUGGUGAGCAGUGCUUUGUUGUAUUGCUUCUGGGCGCCAACAGCGUGGAAAACCAUCAACUCAACCAUGGAGCAAGCAAAGAAUGCUGAAGCCGGCCUCAAGGCAAAUGUGGGCUUCUUGCCGUUGUUAAAGCAACCGACGAUGGUAGAAAUGAAGAAGCUGCCGAAACAAUCCAAAGCGGUGAAUCAUAAAAAGCCUGAUUACGAUGUGACGCUGCUGCCCCUGCACCGAAGUGUGGUGGCGUAG